UGAGUGUGGAUUUCAUCUGAAAGAAGCAACAUCUUCCUUUGUUGAGUUCAAUUUAAAAGAUCAAUUUAAAAAGUUACUAUCAAAUAAAUUCGUAAUAAAGCAUCUUAACUAUAGAUUUACAAGAAAAAAGAAGAAUGAUAAAGCGUUAGAAGAUAUUUUUGAUGGUAAAAAGUAUAAAGAAAAUAAAUGUUUAGAAGAUGAACUAAAUCUAUCUUACAUAUUUAAUACUGAUGGGUGCCAACUAGCAGAUACUUCUAAAGUAGCUAUAUGGCCUUAUUUCAUAAUGAUAAAUGAAUUGCCACCACAUAUUCGCACAAAAUAUAUAAUACCAGCUGGAUUAUGGGUUGAUAAAUCACAACCUAACAUGAAUGUAUUUGGUGAUAUUUUUGUUCGGCAAGCAAAUGAGUUGUCCACAGUAGGAAUUUCGUGGAAUUAUAAAGGAAAGGAUGUUACAUCUAAAUUUUUUCCAUUAUUAUCUUCUGUUGAUUCGGUUGCUCGUUGUAAAAUGUUAAAUAUGAAGCAAUUUAACGGUUCAUUUGGAUGUACAUACUGUUUGCACCCAACAGAGCAAAUUAAUAAUGUUGCAAAGUACCCAAUUUCUGCAAAUAUUCCAGUACUUAGAUCUGAUUAUGAUAUAAAAGAAUUAAUGAAGAAAAGUGUUACAUUAGGAACUGUUACUGAUGAGGACACUUUUGGUAUAAAAGGACCGUCCUUUUUAAUGAAUUUAAAAUAUUUUGAUUUGGCAGAUUCUUUACCACCUGAUUAUAUGCAUUCUGUGUUAAUAGGUGCAAUACGACAAAUAACUGAAACGAUUCUUACUUCAGUGAAAAAAAAAUACUAUAUUGGACAAUCUUAUAAAAUGGACAUAAUUAAUAAUCGUUUGUUAUCCAUAUCACCACCAAAAAUAAUAACGAGAACACCAAGAUCUUUAAAAGAACGAAAGUUAUGGAGAGCAUCAGAAUGGCGAUCCUGGCUUUUAUUUUAUUCGCUUCCUUGUUUACGCGGAGUAUUACCAAACAAAUAUUUGCGACAUUGGUCACUUCUUGUAAAUGCAAUGAAUAUUCUAUUACAAGAUUCAAUAACACAGACUGCACUUGCCACGGCAAGAUCGUUACUUAUUAAAUUUGUUGUCAAAUUGCAAUCACUUUACGGUAAAGAGGCAAUGACAUAUAAUGUUCAUUUAUUAUUACAUUUAUGGAAAAGCGUUGAAAAUUUUGGUCCACUAUGGGCACAUAAUACAUUUGUAUUUGAAAAUGUGAACAGAUUACUAUUAAAAAAUAAACAUAGUCCAGCUCGUAUUAUACCUCAGUUUACAAGAAGAAUAUUAUUAUUUCAAAAUAUAACUUCGUUUUCUGAUAAAACAACAAUAUAA